AUGGAAUUCUCUCCAUUGGACUUUCCUCUUAACAUUUCUCGUGAAAUGCUCCAACAAUCCAAAAUUCUUAAAGUGAUCCGAAAGAAUUUGGUCAAGAAGUGUAUCGAACUUUUUGAUGAAAUUGCUGAAGACAAGGACAACUUUAAGAAAUUUUAUGAACAAUUCAGCAAGAAUCUUAAGUUGGGUAUUCACGAAGAUUCUGUCAACCGUAAAAAGCUUGCCGAAUAUCUCCGUUACAACACUUCCUCUUCUGGCGAUGAACUUGUUAGCUUGAAGGAUUAUGUUGGACGAAUGAAGGAGAAUCAGACUUGCAUUUAUUAUAUUACUGGCGAGUCUAAAGAAGUUGUUCAAAACUCAGCUUUUGUUGAACGUGUUAAGAAGCGAGGUUUUGAAGUUAUUUAUAUGGUUGAUCCAAUUGAUGAAUAUUGCAUUCAACAAUUGAAAGAAUGCAAUUUGCAAAGUUAUUAA